AUGCCAGACGUCGAUGGACUAAUGGACAAGUCCUGCGAGGCUUUGUGCCGCUCGCUGGUGGCACACAACGGCAUCCAGGCAGAGAGCGCGGACAUCUCCCACUCCGUCCUCUACACGUCACUCAUGGGGCUGCUACUGGUGGCUGACAAGAAGUGUUUUCUCAAUGCGGUGGUGCAAUGUCUGUCUCACACACGGGGCCUCCGAGAUUACUGCCUCACCAAAGCCUAUCUUCAGGACAAAAAUUCAAAGCAAGAGCCUGUUCUCAUGAAUGCGUUCACUCAGGUGCUGUCUGGGCUGUGGGAUGUUGAUGGCAGGGACACAGUUGUAAACCCAAGCAGGUUCUACAGCGCCUUUAAAGAAGCCGUGCCUUACUUCAGUGGCUACAGUCAGCAAGAUGCUCAAGAGUUCUUGCGGUUCCUGUUGGACAGGCUACACACCGAGAUCAAUCGCCGGCCUGCCAAACGACCACCUGGAACAGACACACAGGAGCCUAAACACAAAGUCUUCAGGCUGUCUGAACAGGCCUCCAUCAUGUGGAAGAAACACCUUGAGAGGGAUGAUAGUAGAAUUGUUGACCUCUUCUCAGGUCAGUUGCGUAGCUCCCUGCAUUGCUCCAUCUGUUCCCAUUACUCCAACACAUUUGAUGUGUUCUGUGACCUGUCUCUCCCGAUUCCAAAGAGGAGUGGAGACAGAGUGUCACUUAAGGAGUGCCUCAACCUUUUCUCACAGGAGGAAAAGCUGGAUGAGGAAAAUGCACCGAUGUGUGAGAGGUGUUGUCGUCGAACAGUAAGCACCAAAAGACUGACCAUUCAAAGGUUUCCCAAAGUCAUCGUCAUACAUCUGAACCGGUUUACCAUGUCAAGGUACUCCAUCAGCAAAAGCACUGUGUGUGUGUCCUUCCCCUUAACCAAACUGGACCUUGGGCCAUAUGGGCCUGUGGACUGUGGGCCAGUGCUCUAUAACUUGUAUGCGGUCUGUUAUCACUCUGGAACUGUGAACAUGGGCCACUACACUGCCUGUUGUCGCGAUGAGGAUGGUUGGUGGCACUACAAUGAUUCAAGUGUGCAACAAGUCCCAGACAACCAGCUUCAGUCAAGUCAGGCCUAUGUUUUGUUCUACCAGUUGGACAACAGCGCCAUGAGACACUAAGAUCUCGGGAAACACUUUUCUCCAUUAACGGACAGACAACAAGAAUCUUUGUGCUUCACUCUCUCAGCCCAUCUCCAGCUCAUCUCCUGUGGUCCUCAUCUUUGACACCAAACUGGCCAAAUGUUUUAUCCUGGAUUUUUCAAGACAUCAUGUACUUCUGCCUAGGCUUUGCCACUUAUGACCAGGCUUUGACACUCAUGACCACAUCAGAAUAUGCUUCUGAAUGGGUUUUCUUUUUUUUUAAAAUCUUAGAUAUUGUUGUCAAUACACUUAAUCUAACCUUUUUUUUAAAAAAAAAACUUCAAUUAAUCUCAUGUGUUCAACCUGAAGAUGCAGCAGCUGUGAUAUACAGUUAUGGGAAAAAAAUAAGAGACCACUGCACAUUUUUUGACGUUGAGUGACAUUUGAAUGAGUUGACCACCAACUCAUUUGAAUGUCACUCAGCAACUGUAUGAUGACAUCGGAAAUACAGAGAGGGUUAAAGUAUAGUAAUGAAGGAUCUUUGGGAAAUAUGUGUGCUGGCCUCUUAAUUAUUUCCAGAGCUGUAGGCCAUCUUGCAAGCCUACUAUUUGAACAAUUAUAGCCUAUUCAUUAAAUGACUUGAAUGCAUGAUCUCCUUCACAAGCAUAGGAUGUGUAUAUUACUGAAUUGUACAUUGUACAUUACUACAUUUACAUUGUAUAUAACAUUGUAUUCUUAUUUUUAUAAUUAUGUACAUUUUGAAUUUACCAAUUCAU